CUAUACCCUCUACUAGACUUUUGCCGCUUGGAGAUUUAGCCAUGGGCCCGUCACUAGGAGAGUUUGCUUGUCAUGGCGCUGCGAGAUUGCACGCCUUCCGUGCUCCGGUCUCUUCACUGGGCAUUAAGUGCCAGCGAGGAUGGCAAACGGCAGAGUCUCCUCCGGCCCCUCGUGCAUGAGGAGUUCGGCCAGUGCACUCUCCUGACACUGCCCAAAUCCGAAGGCCCCGAGGAGACCACGACCGGAAGGACUAAGCCGCAGCCCAAAAAGGCUCGCAUCCAAAAGAGCCAGAUACGGCUUCAGAGUGCCAAGGGCCUGCAAAGCCCCUUGCACUGGAUCUGUGCACACGACGUGUUGGAGACGGGUACUGGAGAAUGCUUGGGAGGGUGGCCAUCCCGAUGCAAUGGGGAACGCACCACCCGCAGCGCCGGUCUGGCGCGCAGCCUGGCCCGGCAGUGGCCCGAAGCGCUCCUGCUGCGUGAUACCCAAGGCCUGUGGCCUUUGAGCUACUUUGAGACCCACUUCUGUGAAGAUUGUUUGCCACACAGCCCACAGAGAGAGCUCCUGGUCAGUUUGUUGCAGAGCUUGCGUGCCUGGGCGGCGCAAGACCCUGAAGCUUUGCUGGUGGCCUUGGAUCCGCAGGCUCUGCGCAGCCUUGCCUCGGCGCUGACCAGGGUCGAGGCUGAAGCCGAGGCAUCGGGCGAGAGGGCAGCGUCUCAGGCUUGGCGUUCUCUUUGGGAGCUCACGGGUGAGGCAGCGCAUCGAGGCCGUCGUUGUGCGGCACUGGAAGCCACUGAGCUCCGUCAAGACGCGGAGCUCUGGCGCCAGCGGGGCGAGGAGGCGCGUCUCCGCCUGGACGCGCUCCGCCGCCUCCAUGGCGAGCCGUGUCGCACCGGCGCGCGGGCGGGGCCGGGCGCGAGGGCCGUGCCCUGGGCAGAGCGGCGGGUGGCCUAUGAGGAGCGUUUGGCCGAACUCCACGCGGAAUUGGGCCGGCUGCCGGAUGGCCGGGUGGUUGCUGAAACGGCGCGCCCAAGUGUAGCGGUGGUCGCGAGUCCUGAGUUGCCAGAGGAGGAAUCCCGAGCUGAGUCGGGUGCCGAUGCGGAGGGUCCGCAGGGCCUCAUCGCCUCCCUCCGGCGCCAUCGCAUCGGAUGUCCGUCCCCGUCGGGCGGCUUCCUGCGAAGUGCACUGGGCGCGGCGGUGGAGCGCUUGGCGGUGGACCUCUAUGAAAUGGAGAGCCACUUCGUGUAUGAGUUGCUCCAGAACGCGGAUGAUAACGGCUAUGCCGAGGACACCAGCCCUUGGUUGAAGAUGGAGCUCCACCAAGACGAGAAUCAGAACUAUUUCUUCUUCUCUGUGAACAAUGAGCUCGGCUUGACUGCCAAGGACGUGCGGGCCCUCUGUGACGUGAAUGCAUCCAGCAAGAUGGGCAGGGAGAAUGUGACAGGGCACAAGGGCAUCGGCUGGAAGAGCUGUUUCCAGGUCUCUGAUUGCCCUCACAUGCUUUCCGGAAGCUUCACCUUCAAGUUUGAUGUGAAGAAGUUGGGCAAGAUGGGCUAUGUCACACCCACUUGGGUCCACGAGGAGGAGCUCCACCAGCUUCCGCCAGAGGUUUGGGAGGCCUACGAUGCUGGCUACACUGUGACCUACUUGCCCUUGAGGCCGGGCACAGAAGAGGGCGUAGAACUGGCAUUGGCAGACUUAGAGGAGCAUUUGCCAUGUCUUCUCUUUCUGCGACGGCUACAACGCUUGGAGUUUCGCUUUCCGCCGUCCACGCCCCGCUCGCCGACCUGCGACGAUCGGCGAACGAGCCUCGACGCUCGCUGGGUGAGCUUCAGUCUUGAGGUCCAUGGACCUGGCCGGAAGGCGGUGCGGGCCAGCCGAGCAGGAGGAGAUUCGUGGCGGACGUUCUUGCUGCACCACCACCAAGUGUCGUGGGAGCAGAAAGACAUGUGCCUCACCCUGGCCUUUCCAAUUGCUGAGGACGGGGAACAGCUGAUGCCUCAGGCCCUCUACUGCUUGCUGCCAGUGCGGAAUCUCGGCUUCGCCUUUUGCAUUGAUGGCCCGUUUGAGCUGAUUGCCAGCAGGGGUGACCUGCAUGAGGGCAGCUGGCGGAACCAGGUGCUUUGUGAAGCUUUGCCCCAUGCCUUUGCAAACGCAUUGGAGAUGCAUCCUUCCCUGGCGCCGCAUGCCUUGGCUUUUCUGGGCCAUGCUGAGCCUUCGCCUUUUUGGCAAGCAGUCCAUGCCCGUCUUCUGGAGCAAAUGCAUGGUACCGCCUGUGUGCCUUUGGAGGACGGUGGCUUGGAUCUACCCGAGAAUUGCUUGUUGCGACCAGGAGGCGGUCUGGCGCUGGGCGCCUCACGGCUGGUGCCGGCAGAACUGCUCCUGCGGAGCUGUGGAAAGCGCUGGGCGCGGGCAACGACUUCAGCGCUGGGCUUGGAGGAGAUUGGCUUAGAGCAUUGGCUGCAGAUCUUGCGCUUCAGAGAUUCGGAUUGGCCCAAAGGCCUGUGUGGCUCAUGGCUCUCUGGUGAGGGUGAUUUGGAGCCCUUCCGCACGCUCUUCGGCUACUUGGGGGAGCUACUGGCAGUGGCAGAGGACCCUUCAGAGGUUCUGCAGCUGCUUUGGGACCUGGAGCUUCUACCCGUCGAGAGCCAGGAGGGGCUCCGGCUGUUCCGCCCGCGGGACCGGGUCUGCUCGCGGCGCGGGCGGACCGGUCCGGCGUGGGCUUGGCAGCGGCUGGAGGGGCAGAUCAGGGUGCUCAGCGAGUCCUUGACGCACCUCGACGGUCCGGCGGGCACCUUCCUGCACGUGGCCCUGGAGCCCUUGGAGGAGGCUCAACUCAAAGAGCGGCUGCUCGCACGGCUGGCGCAGCCUGAGGGGCCUCCAGAGGUGCAGUGGGCUGCGCUGGCUGUGCUGCAGAGCCUCUUUCUGGAGACUCCCUGGGAGAAGGUGAACCAGGUCUUGUGGUUGCCCUCCUUGGGGGAGCCGCGGCUCUUCCCCGCCCACCGCCUGGUCAUGGCCUCCUUCCUCGGUUGCGCGCUGGACGGAGACCGGGCGGUGGCCGCCGCCGCGUCGGCCGCGGCGAGCGGAACGGUGAAUGGACGGGUGGCCAGCAGCUGCGCCGCGGGCUUACCAUUGCAGGCAAGAUUUGUGGAUCCCGAGUAUUUGAGCUAUGGUGAUGCCAUCUCCUGGGAGUCCUUUUUGGAAGUCUUGGGCGUUCGGCCGCUGUACCCGAUCCGCAGCGAACUGCCUUGCUUCGAUCCGCCCGCGAAGGCGCCCGCGGUGAGCUCGACGGCUUUGCCCCAGGUGGAGUCCGCCAGUAAAUCUGCCAAGAUCUGGGCCCAGCGGAAGCUCGAAGGCUUACAGCAGUCGCCCUUGGGAGAGGCCUCCACGCCUAUCUAUCGCGCAGAGGAGCGGAAGAAGCUCAUCAUGGUGCCUUACCAGCGCCUUCAAGCAAAGCAGCUGGUCGCCCAGCUGGUCUCGGCGGAGUGGUGGCGACGCCUGUGUCCGCAGAGCUUUGACUACCUCUUGAAGCGGCUGAAGGAGGUGGACAGCAGCUGGCUGCGGAGCACCGCGUGCGGGACGCCUCCAAGGCCCUUGGCAGAGUACCUCAUCCAGGGCAGUGAGCUCGCCCAGCUCUGCGGGCCCUUCCUGCCCGUGGCAGCACUACCAGAGACCCGUUCCAGAGAGGUGAGGCAGUGCCUUUCACAGUUGGGGCUACUGGGUGACGUAACGCCCAAGAACCUGCUCCGCUGCCUGGAAGCCAUCGCCCAAAACUGUCAGGACGUGGCUCUGUAUGUCGCGCUCUACCAGCGCUUGGCACUCUACGACUUGGAGGAGCAUCUUCCGGCGCUGUCGCAGUUGAUCUUUGUGCCUGGGCAUGGCAUUUUGACCUCGGAGAAGUGUGCCUGGCGAGAUUCUCCCCUGAUGCAACUGGCUGAGGUCCCGGCCUUGUCAGCUCACUACGAGCGCCAUGGCCCGCGGAUGGAGGCUUACUUCUUGCGCCUGGUGAAGCUACAUUUCUCCUUCUCACCUCCGCACCUGCUGCAUGCCCUGCGUCGGCUGGUGGAGCGGGUCAACUCGGGGGACUCGGCGGUGCCGGGUCAGACUGGCCUGGAUGGACUGUUGGAGACGGCGACUGGGAUCUACUCACAGCUGGCCAUCUACCUGAAAGAUCACCAGUCGGAGGCGACCUUCGUGCUACGAAGCUUCCGCAACGAGCGGCUGGUGUUGCUGAGGCCGACGUCCAACGGCCUGCCCAAGCGGCUCAUGGCAGAGGAGUGCUGGUGGCAGGUGGGCGCGGAGCUCGCGGAGGUGGAAAGCGUGCAGAAGUUGGCGCUCUGCCGUUUCUACAGCAGCGAUUUGCAGCCCUUCUUUCUGGCCAUUGGCGUCCAUGAAGCGAUCUCGCGCGCGGCGCUGCGGAAGCUUCUGCAGCGGCCGGCGGAGCUCACGAUGUCGAAGUGGUCGGGCCUCGAUGUCUCCGAGAUUGAGGAUUUGGGCCUCUUGCAGACCAGCAGCCACUUCCGCCCACCGGACUGGCACGCGCCGGACGCCUCACCAGAGCCGAGUGAGGAGGAGCCACCAGGCACCUCAGCCUCUCCGCCCUUUCAGCCUCCACGGCGAAGCGAUCCCCAUGUACCAGCCAUGCGGACCAGGGAGGAGCUUGAGCGCUUGCAGCGAGAGGAGGAGGAACGCUCCCAUGCCCAACGCUCGUCUCGGCCCAACGCUCGCGUGCUCCGUGGACUGGGUUCAGGCGGACAGGCUGGAUGCAGAGGUAGCGUUGAUGCUGGUCCGGUGGAUGCUGGGUCGGCUGCUGCUGCAGAGCCUGAAGAGGGCGAGGGCGAGGACAACGAGGGCUUGGAGGAGCUGCAGCGGCGCCUGCAAGAGCUUCAGCUGGAAAGUCGUCGUCAGCAGCAGGAGUCCUUCGAACUUCGUUCUCGCUGGGCUCAGGCAGAAGAUGAUGCUGAAAGAUACAUGAAGAUCUUGCGGGAGUUCUGGGCUGCCGAUGAGUCGUUGCGGACGCUGGGGUGAGAGAUGCUGACUGAAGUGCCAAGACCAUCCAAGACCCCCGAAAAGACAGCUAGGUGUAGGUGGUUUGCAUACAGUGCCCCAAGUGACCA